AUGAACUACAGAUCUAAAGAUCACUUUUCAUCUCUAAAUAACCUUAUUUUUGAUAUCAAUUCAAUCAAAAAGUCAUAAGAAAAUACAUCAUUACAAAAAGAAUAUCAAAUUGAUGUUUCUCCUACAUAAAAGAAAAUUACUAGACUCAAAAAAUAAGAGAUCAAUUAUCAUAGCUUAGUUGAUCUAAAAUAACUUAAUAAAAGUAAAAAUGUAGUUCUACCUAAUUAUGAACCAACUAGAUGUUCUUAAAAUAAUAAUGGUCUAAUUAAAGCUUAUGCUGCAAAUACAAAUUAAGGAAUCAUAAGAAAUUAUAAUGAAGAUAGAGUAUCCAUAAUAUUGAAUAUAAUCAAACCAUAACAUAGAUCUUAAGAAACUUGGCCUAAAUGUGCAUUUUUUGGUGUUUAUGAUGGACAUGGUGGUUCAACUUGUGCUGAUUUUCUAAGAGAUAAUUUACAUUAAUAUGUAACUAAAUAAAGUGAAUUUCCAUGGAAUCCUAUAGCAGCAAUUAAAAAAGGAUUUUAAAUGGCUGAAAAAGAUUUUCUUAAUUAAGCUUUAGAAUAAUAUGGAAAAGGUAAACAAGAAAGAAGUGGAUCCUGUGCUUUAAUUAGUUUAGUAGUUGGAGAUUAUUGUUAUGUGGCAAAUGUUGGAGAUUGUAGAGCAAUAUUAAGUUUAGAAAAAGGUAAAAAAUUGAUGGAGUUAUCAGUUGAUCAUAAACCGGAAAUAGAAUAUGAAAGAAUUUAAAAAAAUGGAGGUAAAAUAUACUAAACACAUCUAAUAAAUGAAAAUGGUAUGUAAAUAGUUGGACCAUAUAGAGUGUUCCCUGGAAGAUUAUCAGUUUCUAGAACAUUUGGAGAUAUAGAGGCAAAAUUAGAAUAAUUUGGUGGUAAUAGAAAUGUAGUUAUAGCAGAGCCAGAAAUACAAAUAUUUCGUAUUACAUAAGAAAAUGAUUUUAUUGUUAUGGGAUGUAAGAAAAUAUAAUAUAAUUUUUUAGGUGAUGGAAUAUUUGAUAAGAUGAAAUCAGAAGAAGUAAUAAAAAAGAUUUGGACAGAACUUGAAUCAUAAAAAAAUACAAAUAAUUUACAUGUUUAAAUUUCAGCAGCAGUUGAUUCUGUUCUUAAAGAAGUUGUACUUCGUAAAAGUAGUGAUAAUAUCACAUUACUUAUUGUUGCUUUCAAUGAAUUAAUAAUUUAAUAAUAGACAUAAUAAUCAAAGAUAAAUUCAAUAUCUAAUUAAAUUGAAUUAUUAUAAGCAUUUUUAAAGAAUAAAAUUAAUGAUGAAAAUUAACCAGAAUCUAAUCAAAAAAAAUAAAGUCCAGUAAGUUAAUUAUUUCAUAAAGGUGAAAGAAAACAUUUACAUUUAAAAGAGAAUUAAGAUACAACUAUUAAUAGAGUAAGAUCAAGUUUUAAUUUUUGA